AUGGCUCCGAAGCCACCACCUCCGCCGGGGCCUCCGCCGCCACCAGGGCCCCCGCCUCCACCCGUGUUUGGAGGGCCUUCUAAAGGUUCGAAAGGUUCAAGUGAUGAUAGAGGUGCUUUGUUAAGUUCUAUAAGACAGGGCACUAAUUUGAAAAAGACUCAUACAGUAGAUAAAAGUGGGCCGUACAUACCUGGGAAAGUGUCAAAUGUGUCGAGUGGUGCGUCUUCAGGUGGGAAUUCACCCAGAACUGGUGCUCAGCUACAGAAUGGCGGUGGUGGUGGACCACCAGCUUUAGGGGGUCUAUUUGCUGGUGGUAUGCCAAAAUUACGAUCGACGGGUAAACUGCCAGGCUCCAGCACACCAAAUGGCCAAGUAAAGGUAGACGCACCUCGGUUUCCUCCGCCACAACCGCAUCAACCUCAUCAACCUUUACAAAAGAAAUCACCAGAGAAGACGAGGCCGGCGAUGCCUCCAGCGCCAUCAGGAGGCUCCAAUUUUGGUGCAUUGUCGGCAGCAUUAUCAGAAGCGCUAGCUGGCCGUGACAAAGACACAAACAUAAGGGAAACUAGAGAAUUACCUAGAGAACCGCCGGCGAGGCCUGCGGUUAGAAGACAACCAAGCGAUAUAAGAACAAGAGGGCCUCCGCCCCAGCCACCUGUACAGAAACCAGCCAUGCCUUUGAGUUCAUCUGAUUCCGUGUUAACGACGAAUUCAGUUCUGGAACGUAUUAGUAGUCUUCAGCAGCAGGUGUCGGAGCAGACACUAGCUCCUCAUGUGUCUACCACGCUGCACAGAAAUAGGAGUUCACUCCACGCAGCUGGACAAGGGGCCCUUGGUGGUAGUAUGACAUCUCUUUCUUCACCAACACCGCCGGCACAUUCUCCAGCGCCUUCACUAUCCACCUCAGACUUGUGCGAACGCCCCAGAGUGAGCCACGGCAAACCAAAUCUGGCUCCAAAGCCGCCAGCUCCAGCUCCUGAUACAAGACCAUCGCCACCGCCGAAGAAGUUGCUCACCAACGGGAAGAUUGCUGGAAGAACUCAGAGUAUGAGGGUCCCAAGAUCCCCGCCGACAUCUCCGUCGUCUCCUCAAACAGGCGGGACGCGUCCCUUCAAUCUACCGCCUGCUCCUGUUAAUCCCCCCAUUGGGACGAAGAAUCCUGCAUCACAUUUCGGAACACUCCGUGCACCUCGCGGCAUGCGGCCCCCCGGCGUGUGUCCGCCCCCGCCCCCUGGCGCCCCACCUCCGCCCCCACCACCCGGCGCGCCGCCCCCACCGCCCCCUGCACGACACGCGCAGCCGCCUCCACCACCUCCGCCGCACCAUAGACACCCUACCCUAAACGGCGACGAGGCUCCCGCCCCACCAGUGCGCGGCUCGUCAAAGCGCGACCUGGAGGCGCGGUUCGCGGACCUGUUCAACCCCCCCUCGCUGUUCCCCAACCCCGAUCCCUUCAUGCGCAUCGCCAAGGGCUACAGCAGCGCGACAGUCGCCGUGAGCAAGGCGCAAGCACCACCACCACCCCUUCGCGUGCCUCUGGACGCCUGCACAGCGCACCUGGUCCCCGAUGCCCACCCUGCACACGCGUUACUCUCCGUCGCGCACGCACUCCUAUGCCCCGCCAACACUCUCGCUGCCCCUGUUCUUACCAACCUCAAACCUGAUCCAGAUCUAACCGUCCUACCCAUAGACGAAAUUACCAUGCCGGAGGAAGAUGUCAGCGAUCUUCAGGAUGUUUUCGACGCCAUUAAUAAGCUGUGCGAAACCAUGAGGACCUCCACUUAUGAAGCUACGGAAGCAGAAACUAUUGAGGAACCUACGGUCAUUGAAGAGAUUGAGGAAGUAGUAGAAGUCAUAGAAACUGUCGACAUUACGAAAAUAGUUGAAUGCGAAGAGAAACUAGCGAGUCCUACAGAGGUAGACGUGAGGAUAGUUGACGCGUAUCGCGCCGAGCAUUGGAGCGAUGCCCUCUCACCUCCCGAGGAGGAGGAAACUGAACAGGCGCAGGCUGCAGUCGAGCCGGUUAGCGAAAUGUAUUACACGGCCUCGUCCGAAGUGUCGCUACUAUCUGAAGGGGAAGCACCAGAGAAAGCUCCCGUAGAUGAGGAUGCCGUGCCCCAGGAACAAGAGAGAGAGGAUAAGGAGUCGCGAAAGGAGUGCGUGAUAGCGGGGCACGUGGCGGCUAUGCGUGAACGUUUCGAAAGCAUGACGCGGGAGAACACGCCGUGUCCUGACCUCGCGCGCUCCACGUCGCCGACGUUCGAUGUGUUCCGAAAUAUAACGCCUUCUCCUGACCGCCUCGGAUAG